AGACGUGCAGCCCGGGGACAGUGGGUGUCUGCCCUGGGGAGGAGGCCAGGGAGGCCAUGGCACUGAAGACCAGUCAACACCAACAGGGAGGAAAGGCUUCUGGCUCUGACUGGCGGAGUGGAGCCACUUUGAAACUGGGCGAUGAGAGAAGCUUGUCAGGUUUUGGGCUGGGGGUUGAAAGUUGGGUAAAACAUGGUAAGGUGGAGAGGCAGGAGUGGAUGACCGCCACGCACGGAAGCCCGAGGGCAGAGCUCGCACAGGCUGUUCCGGCUGCCGAGCCACCAGUGGGGCGGACAGACCUGUGGUCUGCCAGAGGGGCACUCAGGAUGGCAGGGGGCCUGGACCAUGUUGCAGUGGGCCGGCAGUGGGGGGGUUUGGAUUUUCUCUUAGAGAACUGGCGGAUCAGUCAGGUUUUUGAGCGGGAGAGCACCAGGCUUGUAGACAAAGGUAGUUCUUAGACUAUUAGACUGAUGCCAGGCUGUGGAGAAGCCUGGGAGGGAAGAAGAGAGAGUGGGGACCUGCUGGGAGAGCUGGCAUGACUGGCUCAGGCCUCAGGGCCAAGGGCUUGGCCUCACUGCCAGCAGCAAGGUGGGAAGGAAGGGGCAGCUGCUACAUCGUGAAGCUUGCCCUGAGUCACAGGGUGCCCAGCCAGGAGCAGAGAGUGUGGCCCAUGCGCCUGGCCUGGGUGACGGCGGGGUUGGCACCCUGGCCAGAUAGGAAGGUGGGGGCUUGCGUGGAGGGGAGGUGGGAGUUUGAAGAAAUUUCUUCCUUUAUUUGUUUCCUUGAAUAUUGAGUGUGAUGCAUGUGGAGAAGAGGGUAAAAGAUGAACCAAACGGACGCUGUCCUCCAGAUGCUUCCGUCCCUGGAGGAGAUGGGCUUGGCCAGGGAAGUGCAGAGGAGGGGAGAGUGGUGCGGGGCAGGGCAGGCGAGAGGAGGGGAGGCCUUCUCUGGAGGACACAGCGGUGUCGGCUCACUCUCCUGCCCUUUGCCCAGGUCCCACUUGGCAGCAGCAGCCAGUGUUGCCAGGAGAUGUCACCUCCUUCACUCCUGACAGUGACCCAUGGAGUCGGGGCUGCCUUCCUCCCAUUUUAAAAGUGAGGCAUGUGGGACACAGAGAGGUUAACCAGUGUGACCAGAGGCAGCUGGUGCAGUGGUUAACCCGGGACCUGGACCCCGUAGUCACACGACUCGGCACAGGCUCUUAACCCGGCCAUGUGCUACUCCAGUAUUUAUGGGGAGGAUCCUGGGUCCCUGAUGAAAGUUCUGAGUCUAAACUGUGUUGGGAGGUGAGUGUUUUCUAGGAAAUAUGAGCAGCAAGAGCAAAAAGCAAGGUCCUUGCAAAGAUGUGGGUGUCGUGAGAGAAAAGACAGUGAGCCUCAGACAGCAUUCCUGUGUCCCACAGGCGGUGCUGCCAGGACGCAGACCCGGGCCUGUGGGUGCACACUGCUCUUCUACCACAGCAUGUGACACGCUCAGUAAGAAUUGUCAGCGACCCUGGCCAGGAGGAGGAUGAAGGCCCGUGCUCCCCCGCCCCCUGGCAAGCCUGCCACUCCAGGCGGGGACAGUGAGCAGAAGCCUCCCCGGGAUAUGGCCCUCGGCCUGCAGCGGAACCUGAUCCACACGAAGGAAGCGCUGAGGGACAGCACCGUGGACGUCACUGUGGUCCUGCCCAGUGGGCUGGAGAAGAGGAGUGUGCUCAACGGGAGCCAUGCAAUGAUGGACCUACUUGUUGAUCUUUGCCUUCAGAAUCACCUGAAUCCAUCUCACCAUGCCCUUGAGAUCCGAUCUUCGGAAACCCAACAGCCUUUGAGUUUUAAGCCAAAUACCUUGGUUGGGACACUGAAUGUGCACACUGUGUUUCUGAAAGAAAAAGUUCCUGAAGAGAAGGUUAAGCCCGGCCCACCUAAGAUGCCUGAGAAAUCUGUGCGUUUGGUAGUGAAUUACCUGCGGACACAAAAAGCUGUUGUGCGCGUGAGCCCUGAUGUGCCUCUCCAGAACAUUCUCCCGGUCAUUUGCGCCAAGUGUGAGGUCAGCCCAGAGCACGUGGUUCUCCUGCGGGACAACGUUGCCGGGGAGGAGCUGGAGCUGUCCAAGUCCCUGAGCGAGCUCGGGAUCAAGGAGCUCUACGCCUGGGACAACAGGAGAGUUCUUCUGACCAAAACUCAGUCCGAGCCUUCCCUGAGCUGUCAAGAAACCUUCAGAAAAUCAUCACUUGGCAAUGACGAGACAGAUAAAGAGAAGAAAAAAUUUCUGGGAUUUUUCAAAGUGAAUAAAAGAAGCACCAGUAAGGCUGAGCAGCUUGGGCUGUCGGGUGCAGACAGCGAUGAGGACACUUCAGAGUCGGUGUCAGGAAGGGGUUUGAACGGCUGCUUAACAACACCCAACUCCCCGUCCCUGCACUCCCGUUCCAUUACGCUGGGUCCAUCCCUGUCGCUGGGCAGCAUCUCUGGGGUGUCUGUGAAGUCGGACAUGAAGAAACGCCGAGCCCCUCCUCCUCCAAGCCCAGGGCCACCUGUGCAAGACAAGGCAUCGGAAAAGGUAUCUCUGGGGUCACAGGUAGAUUUACAGAAGAAGAAGCGACGGGCGCCAGCUCCUCCUCCGCCACAGCCACCUCCGCCAAGUCCCCUGGUCCCCACCCGCACGGAGGACAAGGAGGAGAACAGGAAGAGCACAGUGGGUGGCGGACGGCAGGUGCCGCAGAAGCCCCCCAGAGGCGCCGCCCGGGGCCCGCCCCAGUUGGUGCUGCCCCCGCCCCCGCCCUACCCGCCUCCCGACACAGGCCCGGGCGAGGCGGAGCCCCUCGGCUUUCCUGGGGAAGGCGCUGGUUCCAGGGCCCCAGACCCGAGACCCAGACUGAGCCUGCCCCUGGGGCCCGGCAGUCCCCGCAGCGCGGACGCAGCCCCCCAGGUGCUGUCCGAGGCGGAGGAGACAGUGUCUGUCGGCAGCUGCUUCGCGUCAGAAGACACAACCGAGGACUCGGGGGUGAUGAGCUCGCCCUCCGACAUCGUCUCUCUGGAUUCGCAGCAUGACAGCGUGAAGUCCAAAGACAAGUGGGCCACCGACCAGGAGGACUGCAGUGACCAGGACCUUGCUGGAACCCCAGAACUGGGUCCCCAAAAGAGCCCUUCCUGGGAGAGGAAUGGCUGCGGGAACUCGCAUCUGAGAACUGAAAAGACUUCCACAGUCCCAAAGGAUGACGAAGACCUGGUCAUUGCUGGACAGUUCCAUGAAACCCUGGCAGGACUGGAUGAAGACCUGGGAGGCAUGGACGAGAGCUACGACACAGACACCAGCUCUCUCACCAGCUCCACGCCUGGCUCAUCCAGCCGCUGCCCGCCGGACGCCGUGCUCCCCCCAAGCGAUGCGGACGCCAUCCCGGUGACGUUCAUAGGGGAGGUUUCAGACGAUCCUGUGGAUUUGGGGUCGUUUUCCAACAGAAACAACAAUGCUGGCUCCUUUGACAUGGAGGACGCUGCCGGCAAGACAGCCUUCCUGGCGCCACUUCAGGCUGCGCACAGCGAGCGCCGCGGGACGGUGAGGGAGGAAGUGCCCACCCGGCACCCUCCUGCCCGGGACGCCGGGAGAGGAAUCCAUUCGGCCUCAUCCAACUCCCAGAAAGUUGGGGACUCAAUUGAAGUGGGGCCCAAGGUGACUUCUUUUGCUUCGAGUCUUCGCGCCGAUGACCCACGUGCCAAGGAGGAAGACGAGACCUGUGGCGGCUGUGCUUACAGGGAGAAGACGCGGGCCGUGGAGAAGGCCGGUGCCGGGCCAGUGAGUGAGAAGGGGGACAGGGACAGAAGUGCUGUCGCGGCACCACCGUCAUGGCAUCAGCGAGGCCAGAACCCAGGGGGCAGUUACGGCCUUAAGUACGGCCUCACGACAUACAAAAUUGUUCCUCCAAAGUCAGAGAUGAGGUGUUACGACAGGAACGUGUCCCUCUCCAUGGGCGCCAUCAAGAUUGACGAGCUGGGGAACCUGGUGAGUCCCCAUGCCGGCAGCAGCAGGACCAUAGCCCUGCAGCCGUCCCUUCUGGAGGGAGAAACUCAGCCCAUCGGAAAAGUCAAAGAGUUCUGGAGAUGCAACUCUGUGGGAAGACACCCAGCCAGCAGGGCCGCCGCGGCCGCGCCAGCCAAGGCACAGCGUCCAGAGAGCAGACCCCAUGCAGACCCCAGACCAAUGUCGCCCCCGCGGCAGCCUGCCCGCCAAGAGGACGGGAGUCUCCCAGAAGAGGGGAGAAGCCGGCCGCCCGCGGCUGUCACUGGUCCCGUGAAAGCGCCCGCAGCGCUCGCCACAGAAGUCUCAUUUCUCAAGCCUCAUAGAAGGACGUCCAGCCAGUAUGUGGCCUCUGCCAUUGCCAAGAGGAUAGGACCCCCAAAAGUCCACGCCACCGCGGCGGGGCAGCACGGUCAUGCUGGGAAGGGUUAUACGGGCAGAACGCCAGCGCCGACCGGACAGCCUCUCCCUGGGGAAGGUGGCGCGACCCCCAGCCUACGCUCGGAGACGCGCAGACAUGCAGACGGAGCUCAGCGGCCCCACGUCACCCUUCCCAGCAACCAUGGGGAAGAGUCGGCAGUGGGCGCCCGUCCUAGAGGGGAGGUCGGUGGCCCGUGUGGAAAGCUCUCUACUCAGGACUGUCCCGCUGGUGUCCACAAAAGCUCCAGUUUCCCACUAGUCCAGGCUUCCCAGCGGGAUCAUGUUUCUGUGGGACAGAGCUGUGGUUUCCGUGGAAAGCACAGCGCGAGGAACCAGGAGCCCAGCUCAGCCUCUGACCCCAGAUGCACCCUGGACAGGACAGACCCGCCCCCCUCGCACUUAGCAGAUGCUCGGAGCCCUGGCGGGGCGCUGGUGAAUGGCUCCGCGUGGGCCCCGGCCAGCGGCAAGCCUCCGCGUGCUCCCGGAGGGCCCGGCACUAGCAGCUUCAUUAUCCUAGAGAGAGAGGAAAAGCCCAGUUUGUCCUCUACAGAUGUGCAUGAAACAGAUAGUGCUUUGCCAUCCAGCAUUUUUGGGCCAAAGAAAAAAUUCAGACCUGUUGUCCAGAGGCCAGUCCCAAAGGACACGUCCCUGCACAGCGCGCUGAUGGAAGCCAUCCACUCCGCGGGAGGGAAGGGCAAGCUUCGCAAGACUGCAGACCAGGCCGUGGAGGGAGGGCCGCGGACACCGUCCCACACGGAGGCAGAGAGUGAGCGAUCCGCGCUGCUCGCGGCCAUCCGCGGCCACAGUGGGGCCUGCAGCCUGAAGAAGGUGUCGUCCUUUGCCUCUGAGGAGCUGCAGAGUUUCCGAGAUGCCACGCUGUCUGCACGGGGCUCGGAAGGGCCUCAGCAGCAAGACCUUGGCCUUCCGCCCCCACCGGCCGUGCCGCCCCCACCCCCUCCGGCCUCCCAGGCUCUCUCCACGCCAAGGACGGCUUCCAGGCUCAGCACGGGCACCCUCGGCGACCCGGUGGACGCGAGGCAAGCCUUGAUGGAUGCCAUCCGCUCUGGCACAGGGGCCGCGAGAUUGAGAAAGGUGCCCUUGCUCGUGUGAGUCGGCAGAAACCCACCUGUGAGACGCCCGCAAGCAUCACUCGAGGAUCCCACGUGGCCAGGAACAUCACAUGUGGUGUUUCUUGUCUACAGGCCAAAACACGUGCAGUUGAUCUUCAGCAUGUUCACGUACGAUGGUUCAAAGGGAGGGGAAAGGCUGCUUGGCUGCGCGGCUCCUGUGCCAAGGAAAUGUGUUUUGCCUCUGAAUAUUUUAGGUUGCCAAUAAAUUAUUGUUGGCAGGUUAAUGGGAAAAUAAAUGCUGGAGCCCAGCACUCGCACUUAAUUAUAUUUAUGGGCAAAGUGAAAAGAGAAUCAUGCCUUAGACUGAUCUGGGGCCUUUGAGACUUUUACCACAUAGAGAUGGUUAAAACCAUUUGCUGGUUUAGAAUCUUUGAAUUCUAGAAAAAAUAUAUAUAAAUCAACUGAAACAAUCUGAAUGUUAUAUGCUACAUGAUGCUAUGUGUUUUGGUAGUAAGAUAAAGAGUCGGGGGCUUUUCAAAGGUGACUUUGUCAGGUAAUAAAACUACUAGAUUCUUCUUCCUUAAAUAUUUGGGGCUAACACCUCACAGAAGGUUGCGGACCAUGAUCUGACCAACUAAGCAUUUGAAAAUCAACUAUUGCCACCUAUAAAACAAUCAUACCUAAUUGUGUGGCCAGGGCAUUUCUAAGUCCUCCAAAGGUGGCAGGUGGCUGAGAUCAGCAUGACGCUGGUGGCCGCUGGUGACACCUGGACAGCUGUUCCCCCGCGGGCUGUGAAGUAGGGCAGGCCUCCCCGAGGGACCUGCGUGCGGAGCCCGCUGACAUCUCUGGGAACCUCCUGCCACCCGCAGGGGCCCGGGAGCAGGGCUGUGGGCCCCAACACACCACAGAGCUCCGCUCAAAGCUGUGCCGAACGGUUCAGUUCGGUUCAGUUGCGACGCUUUUGCUCAACAGUUCAUCAGCCUGCCCUCUCCCGGCACGUGGUGCUCCGCCACCAAUAUUUAUGAUGAAGUUUAACUACGGCAUUAAUUUUUCAUAUAUAUCUCUAAAACAUUUUGUUAUAUUGAAAAAACUCUUGAAGAGAGUAAUACAAAUCAAGAGGAGUUCGUGGAGUAAAAUCUCUUAGUGUAAACCAAAGACAGCGGGAUCAUCUUCCGUGACAGCUGUCUCGGAUCCGGGCAUCGGUGGACUGGACAGUCCGUUCUGCUCUCUGACAGACGUUGCUAAACCCCCUCAGUGAGGCAAGAGCUACCAGCCAAUCGCUCCUAAUCACAGUGGUCUGUUAUUUGUCUCUUCGUGCCACAAAUAAAAGGAAAUCAAAUCCUA